AAACAUGCUCAACAUGUAAUGCUAUGUAAACCACAACUAUUUUCGUUGAAAACAUCCUAUCUGCCAUGUAACGUUUUCGAAAUCUACCAGCAAAGGAUCUUGGACGAUGUCUUAAAUCCUGGACAUUUGAGUGCUUAAACAAUCGACAAGUUCGAUUCUAUUGGCCAAUUCUUCAGUAAACGGAUUCUUUGUUUGCUUAAAGUCAUGUAAGUAAGUAGAAACCACUAAAUUAUUUAUUGGUGUGUUAGGUAAAGAUAUUAAAUGUAUAUCAGGGCAAGAUGGUUAAGUCAACCCUGCCUUUGAUGUUCAAACUACGUUGCGACGAUUGCUUGAAAUAUGUUUUCGAUACAACAACUCACAACAACAAAGUGAAUUUUGCGAGGCAGUUAUCUCUACAUGGAAUAUAAUUUGACGUGUGAAAGAGGUUAAUUUAAAGUCAUAUAGAAAAAAUGAUGCCGGAACAUUUUAGACUUGUGCGCAUGAUUACCACUAAAAUAAACGGUGCAUUAACGACUGUAUUUUUGGAUUUAUAUUGAUUUGCUUUUACUAUAGUCUCACAAAGUGAAGAGAAACGGUAAGACAAAUCUCUAGUUCGUUUUUCGUACGGGCUUAUAGGCUCAGCAUAGACACGAUAAUCAUUUAUACUGAACUACAUAUAGACUUAUAAGCUCAUUCUCUAAAUCGCAUAUGGCUAUAUAUGACGUGACUAUAUAACCAAACAAUGACAGCGUUCAUUAAAUAAUUAUAUCUGCAUGUAAAAACAAAUUGGUUAAAACAACACAGAAUGUGGUUGUCUCAGAUUCACGAUAAUCGAUAUUGAAAUUUAUUCAUUUUGAAUCUGACAAUAAAUCAGACAAAUUUAUGGGUUGUUUUAACCACUUUAUUUUUACCGUAGUGUGUAUGCCAUAUAUACAUGCAGAAUAUUGAAGGAAUCUAAGCCAUUGAUAGCUGAAAUUCUAUCGAUCUAUUCAUAACUGUAUGAAUUUGUUUCGAAACUAAUUUUCAUGAAAUUUAUAAUUCUUGUCAUUUUGUCAUAUAAUAAUCGAUCCCUCACAUAUAUAUUAUGUUUAACAUUCACCCGAAUGGUGUAUUUUUCAUAUAUAAUUUCCUUUACGUUGUCGUAUGGUAAUUACUCUGACUCAAAUAAAAGCCUUGUUAUAUAGCUAUGAGCAGCGCAUAUUAAGUUGGAAAAAUUAGUAACACUUAUAUAUAGGCAUCAAUGGCUGUAUAUAGUCUCCAAACCAACAGCACGUCAUGCCAGAGAACAGUGACGCACGAGUCCAAGUUCGACUAAUGAAUUUGACAACUUUCCAAUUUUUACAUUAUUGUAUAAGAAAAAAGUAUUGUAAAAAAACAUUUUACAUUAUUCAGUAAAAACAUUUCGGCCAUGGCCUUUGUAUAUACAUAGCCUUCGUCGAACUAAUUAAUUUACGUAAGCAUCUUGAUCAGUCUAUAGUCAGUAUACGGCUAUCAUUUCGUUCACUCCUUUUUUGUCAAAAUGUGUUCAGGUGUUUAUAAAAACUUUACUUUUUACUCUUCAGACAACGUACUUGCCAAACAAAAAUCAUAUAUGUAAAUGUUAUGCACGGAAGAUUGUGUGAAACCUUUAAUAGUAAAAGUUUGAAACCUUUAAUAGUAAAAAUAUUAUUCAAUUUACACUACAUACACCCGAAGCUCUAGCUAUUGAGUAGUGUGGACAGUAGUUGGCGAAACAUAUAAAUAAAUCCAAUUACAGACAUUAAAAAUUCGAGCUAAAAAUCUUUGAAAAUAAUCGUAUGAAAAUAAUGAUGAUGAUGUCAAACAAUAACUAUGCUAGCAAUUCAUAAUUGUUCCGCAAUUCAACUGAUCAAAUACAAAUGAUUAGCUUCCCAUUCUUUCAAAUGUUCGACAGUGACAAAGUUUUUGUAUAGACGAGAAAAUACAUCGCGAAAUUGAUACCUUUUUUCAGAAAGCGGUAUCAAUUUCCCAUGCGUAAUACAAAAUGACUGAAAAACGGCAAACUUCGCAGGGCUAUAUUAUCCGCAUUUUACAACAUUUCGCAACGAAACUUCGGAAUAUUACUAAUUUUGUGAUGCCCUUCCAAGCUGUGAUGAAAUUUUUGUCUAGACUUGUCUAGAUCAAAAUUUUGUUCAUUAGGGAAUAGGUCCAUUUGGAAUCAAUUGAUACAGAUAGUGCCUACAACAAAAUCUUGCGCUUGGACGUGCAUGUCUAUAUUUGACUAUUUGUCUGAUAAUUCAUUUAAUAUUAUAAUUAAUGAGCGUGUUAUUGCUUGAUUGCGUAAAGUUUAUAUGUGCUCUGGAAAGAAUCAGCAAUCAGGCGUCCAACCUUUACAUAAAUCCUAUUUUAUGCGAGUUUGAUAUACAUGAAUCAUGAUUGUGGAAAACGAUCGAUAGACUUUAAGCAGUUGUAAAUUUUGAUUAGAAUUAUUGAAGGCUUAGUUCGUUUUAACGGUUGCAGUCAGAACGCCAAAUUAGCAUGCGUACGUUUAACAAUAUUAUGCAGAAGAGAGGUUGGCUUUGUACGUGUGUGAACCAGAACAUACCAUUGGGUGGGGAAAAUCACGCGUCUUUACCACCAACAAUCACUAACUUUAGAUAGAAUGCUUUGCCCAUAAGCAUCCCGCUUAAACAUAUGCCUUGAAUACAUGAUUUACAUGACCCAGUACUCUUAGUCACAUUCAUUACAUGAUUUGAGCAGGAUCCUUUGGUUUUGCAAAGAGACUUGAAGUAAAAAUUUGAAGUAAAAGCCUUUCCAACCAAUGUCCUAGCAUGCCCAAAAUGUUUUGUGAAUAGUGGAUGGUGCAAAUCAAGUGCCGCGCACCUAUUUGGGUGUGGAUUUGCGAUAAGCACUUGCUUUCCAAUUUCUCUAAAUGUUAAAAAAAUUCUCUGAACGUUAAAAAAUAAAAUUGUACUGCAAUAAAUUAAACAUCAUUCCUUUACUAGCAACCCUGAAAUGACACCAUCACAUGAAAGGGCAAAAGAUGCUGAGUCAAAAAGUUCUUUGUUCGACAUCCUCCGUUUCAAAAUAAACAAUUACUUGCAUACCAGGGUGCCUUUGCGCAAAAGUUUCCAAAAACCUGUUGAUCAUAAGUGCCCUCAAAACACAGGCAAGGAUUUUCUUGGUGAAAAAGAAAUAUUCUGUCGUGCAUGAAUCUUUUUCAGCAGCUUUGAUGGCAAUAUCAACCGGGAUUUUUGUGAACAUACAAACAACAUCGAAAGAUAUAUCAGCCUCGCGUUAAAAUGUUUACCUCGUAACCCUUCUGUCUGUGAAAGUUGUUUUUUUUAAUCUUUUUUGCUAAACACGGCCUAUUUUGUGUCUGAGGGCACUUAUUUCAACAGGUUUCGGAACAGCAUUGGAAUCUCUGCUAUUGGCAGUAAUUUCUAAUUUACUAAUGUCGAACAACGACGUCUAACCAUGCACUUACCCAGUUGUCACUUGAUUUUGGAACAUAUUUGUUGAUGAUGUCUGUAUUACGCCGGUUCUAACGAUAAACUUGAUGUUUAAUUCGCCUUAAAAGUCCUUACGUCACGUACAUUGCGUAACGUAAGCACAAUAACCGUAAGGGUUAUUGAAUCGUUUGAAUUCCACCGCGAGGUGUCUUUCUAAUUCAUAGUAAAAGAUGGACACUUGGCCUUUUUUAGAUUUUGAUUUUCAUAGACAGUCGAAGAAAAAUUGUUUAUCGCAAACUUGCAUCACCUGGCGCGUCAUAACAAUCCGAGGCACCAAACCGCGACUCUAAGGACUAGGGACAAUGAACGUGAAUAAGUUCCAACCGUCUUAAAGGAAAACAUUUACUCCAAAGAAACGUUAAUUAAUCGUUUUCGACCGCCCAAAAGAAUGUGCUAAAAACGUCUAUUGGCAUGCGCUAAUAAAUAUGACAUGAGCCGACGGUAGAGCGGUGGGGGUUAUUGAGCGUGGGUUCCGGUUUCGUGCGUCCAUAGGAAAACGCUAUCGUUUUUGACGUUAGGUCAUGUUUUCCCAAAGCCUUUCAAAUCAAACAGAAAACUCGUGCGUGCUGUGUCAAUUAAUGCACACAUCUAAGGAAAUGCUAAAGAACGUACGAUUAAAACUUUAGACAAGCACAGAUCAGCUCCAGCAGACCAUGUGAGUCAAAUGAAACGUACCAUUGCGUGGGGGACUACAAGAACACCAACAGUCGUUACGGUCAAAAGCGUUACUUAUAAGUAUGCCACAACAUGCUUUUAAUAGGAGUGAUAGCCCGCGUGCAGGCCCAAGGGAAGAAUAUUGGGCCUGCAAGCAAGACCCGGUAUUUUGUAAAACGCCCCUUUUCAUAACACGCCCCAUUCGCGCGUCAAUUGUCAAAAAAGAACCAAUGACAGCAACCCAAAUAUUAACAACAAACUCGCAUUAACAUGUGGCGGGGUUUUCUCUGCUUAUUCAGAACAGAAACAAUGUGUAAAUGGCUGCGUUUUAACUCCAAAAAAGCAAGCAACGCAGUCAGUAAUUGCCAAAUGUGCAAGUGCUCAUUUUCAACUAAAAUCGGAACAGGCAAAUUAGGACGAAUUUCAACAGAAAACCUGUCUCAAACUUCAAAUCGUGAGGGAAGUCGUGCGACCACAUUAGCAUUAAUGUGUGCUUCGCUGUCGCCAUUGUUAUAUAUAAAUAAAUUGUCUCACUUAUCAGAUCGUGUGUGCAAUUCUUGUUGGCAGCGGAAAGCACGAAAUUUAUUUCAGUUAUUUCAUUUGGUGAAGAACUCUACAAAAGAAUAGAGCGUUCAGAGCGUCCAGAUCGUUUCGUUUCAAACGGCAAUUACCGUAUUCUGUUUCGCUCUCUCAGCGAAGCCUUGCAAAUCGCAAAGUGUUUCGAAUAAGCUAACAUGCAACUGCCUCUAAAUCUUCACCGCGAAAAGCGCUGUUUUCUUCAGUGCAAGAACAGAGUCAACAUCAACCAAAAGGUAAUUUUCUUGAGGAACAUAUAACGUAUCAAGUCUGUUUGAAAUUAAUGAAACUCAAGUAAAGGUUACUAUAGUUUACCUGAGUUUACCCCAGUCGUAUUAAAAUGUUGCUAUUCCAGCACUUCACGACAAGCAAUCCCCAUUGGCAUAACGGCAAAAACAUCACUUCCUUCACGUAAACAAUAAACAGCCUGUUCUCGUUCCAUUUUUAAUCGAAAAAAGUGAUCAAUUUUCGAAUUUUAAGCUUAUCGAGAGCCUUUGUGAUGAAUCACUGAUCUAAUUAUAGAAUCCAACAGCAAACAGCCAAUCAGAAUGCUGCGUUCGUGGGCGAACGCGGAAAGUACAAAAUACCGGGCCUUGCUUGCAGGCCCACUAUUCUUCCCUUGGGCCUGCACGCGGGCUAAGGGUGACAAUACCCAUCGUUCACAAGGUAUUUUAACCUUGUAGUAAGUCCGAAAUAUUCCGGGGGGUGCGAAUUUAGGUUGCAAACAUUUUCUCUGGGUUGAUUUUGGUUUAAGGUUUUCGGGAGCAACCGCUCCUCCCCCCAACACACACAAAGACCAUUGUGUCAGCCAUUACCGCGACCUUGUUGGCGAUGACCUUAUUAUACUAAAUAGUAUGCCAUAUUGCGAAUUUUGAUCACCCCAGUAAAUCUUCACUAGACUGGACUUCAACUACCAUACAACUAAUUUUUCUAGCAUAAUUUCGAUCGAUUUUUUUGAAACUCUAUAAUGAUGUCACGUAUAUAAAGACAUUUAAUGUUUUUAAUUUCCUGUAUAUAUAUGAAACACUACCGUCAAGUUUUCAAUCGACUCAAAAAAGCUAUAAGUUGACACUAUCAAUGCUUAUGUAGGAAGAUUAGAAUGCCAUAUUGAACACUGGCAACAGCUCAUAAAAAUGGAUGACUCAGCAAACAAGUUGUCAAAACAAAGACGACGUAGAAGAAUCUUAAUGCACGAUGAUGAUGAUGAUGACAGCACACCGAGCAAAAUUCAAAAUCUUACUGAAAGUGAACCGUCAUUCACAACCUUCAGCGAAGUAGAAAAAAGUACGAUUUCGUCUCAUACUGAACGAACUAUUUCAAGCUUCAGUUCAACAGAACAAAAUGAAACUACUUCUAUCAGUCAAAGGACAUUCUCAAGCUCAAGUGAGUUUGAAAAAUCGAGUUUCACUAGCUCAGGCCAUCCUGAUAAACAAGAAAGCAGGUAUGAGAGCUUCAGCAAGAGUGACGCUAGAAAGGUUGAAAGCUACAGUGACUUCACCAAAACUGAAAGCACGUACAGAAGUUACAGGAGAACAGAUGAAUCAUCAAGUGUGCACAAAAGUUCUACUUCUAGUAGAGAUCUUCCAGGUAGCCUUGCCGGGCUAAGCAGCAUCGAGAACCUUGGGGGAUCGGAAGGCAUUGGCAGUAUGCGUCCAAAAUUGGGUGAAAUUGGUAAAAGCGAUCACACGAAUAGUAGCCUCGGCAGUUAUAGUGACUUCGGAAGAAUAAGCCGAGACGACAGAGACAUCUCAAUCGUUGAUACAGGAAAAUCUCGGACAUAUCAUGAUAAAUCUACCAAGGAAGGACACUCUGAAAAAUCUGAUAAAAAUUCAAGUGAACACCGACGCUUUAUGACUGAUUCAGAAAAGUAUUCGUACUCAGACAAGGAGAACAAACAAGUAGACUUCACCAGAAGUGAACAUCAUGAACUCACAGAACGAAGAUUUGUGGCACCAGAAGAAGUCAUGUCUAUCCUUAAUAGAAACUCCCGUACCCGAGAUAACACGAUAGGAGGUAGGCAAUUCCACGAUCGAGAUAGUUUGCAUAGUUCUAGGGAAAGGGAGACACACACCAACAUUGAGGAUUUAUUAGGUAGAACAAAGGAACUAAAUCGUGAAACGAAGGAGGAGACGAAAUUUAAAAUAAUUCACGACGUCCGAUCCGAUGAACCAGAAGAACUGUCGGCAAUGCACGUAGCAAGUAUCAGAGAUCGAGUGCGUCUUAUGCGAGCCAGUAUGGGAAACCAAUUCGAAGAACCAGAAGACGUUGACCAGGACAAUGAAACAGUAAUCGAUAUGCGCUUUAGCUCAGAUACUGCAACUGAUGGCCCGGCGAAAGAAGAUCAAGUAUCAACUGCACAUGAAAAACAUUCAGUGAUGUUGCAGAUGACAAGCCAAACUGAAAAGGCUCACACUGACCAAAGAAGCGAGUCAAGAGAAGAUGAUGGUCGGAAUAUACCGAACCCGUCAGAUCAAACAGAUACUGAGCAUAAAAGAGCUGAAACACAAACGAAACCAGAACAUGGAGUUCAACAAGAAUACGUUAAUGUUGCCUACGAUUUUGCUAAACCAGUUAAAUCAAAAGAUCAGGAUGAAGUUGAAUCUGUGAAACGAGAUCAUACGAAAAAUAAUACAGAAACAAGGCCUUUUGAACUUGAAACCAAAAAUUAUCUUAAACCAACUGACACAGUUAAGCAAGGAAUAUCACCAGCAGAGAUGAACACAGGUGACUCAUUCAUAGACCCCGAUAAAAAUGGACAAGUCCUUGACCGUAAGAUAAAACCAAUUCAAACUGAUGAAAUAAUACAGAAAGAUAGGGACGUUGUUGUUCACGCUGAGGCACCAACUGGUUCUGACUUUUCAGGCAAAUUUUCAACAGGAAUUCAAUUAAUGGAAACGAACACACUUCACAAAAUAGAAGAUCAAGAAAAAGAUCACGUAGAAUUCCCAACUGAUAUCACAUAUUCUGUUCAACAUGACGUGGAAAUCGAAAUGGUCCAACAAGAUGAAGAUCAAAAAGGUAAUGUCCUUGAAUACAAACUGCCGGCAAUGACAGCUAUCACGACUGAAGAAAUGAUAGAUAUUGAACAGGAAGCACCAGCAAGAACUAGUGAUAAUUUGGCAGAGCAACAAGCUGACCAUACACAUGGAAUACAAUUAAUCGAAAGUAAAAUUUUCAUGACAGCGACAAUAACAACAAAAUCUGCGGACGAAAUACAAGCAAUGGAAGUUGAAACUGGACACGAAACAAAAACAAUGCCUACUGACACUGGUAUUAAUUUGCCAGAGCAAGGAGCUAAACUUACAGGUGGAAUACAAUUCAUGCAAACUGACAUCUCUGCAACAGACGGAAAGGCACCAGAAUCUGAAGAUGAGAUACAACUAAUAGAAGGUAAAGUGGAACAUGAAACACCUUACAUUCACAUUGACACUGGUGAUAAUCUGUCGGAGCUUGCUGAUUCCACUGAACUUCACACAGAAGUUGAACUAUCAAAUUUGAAAACGGAUGCCAGAGACUUUGUUGCAAAAUCACCAAAUCUUGAUGUUGCAUCGGGACUUUCAGUUCGGCAAUCCGAUACUGGUAACGUUUCAGAUGAAAUUAUAACGAUCCAAACAGGAAUUGUAACAUCACAUGAACCAAAUGCAGAUUUGGCUCGUUCAAAGCAGUUUGGCAUUCCCCCAAAAACGGUUGGAUCGGAUGAAGUCAUUAUAAUCCAUGGAGUGCCAAUUAGACCAUCAUAUGAAAUACAGUCUUAUAAAACUCUGCAACAUGAUACAAAGGCAGACGAAGGAACAGUCACGCCAAGGGCAAAAAAGACAUAUCAUACUCAACCGUAUGAAGUGGAACGACGCGAAGUGCAAACAUACGAAAGUCGGACGUACAAUAUACGACUACAUGAUGUGAGCGAAAGUUCGCUAGAUGAACAAGAGCGGCAUUCAGAACACCAACAAAUAAAAGAAGUAUAUCAACCACAAGAAACCCCACCGUCUGAAGUUGAACGCUCAACCGAAAACACAAAAUCAUCAAAGUUUGGUGCGCAAAAGCUUAACUUACGGUCGUAUGCUCCACGACCAUAUUUCAAGCCGCAGGAGAAACUACGUGAAAAGCAACCUUCAAAUGAGUUCUCAUUUGCAAUUCGCGAAGUACAAUCAACUUAUUUACAGUCUUACGAACAGCCUGCUGAUGUACAACCAGCGACAACACUAGGGUAUGUUAAGCAACCUUAUGAAACUCCACCACACGAUGAAGAACAAGAUGAAUUGAUGUCGUAUGACCCUCACGCAACUCUAGUACAGAAAAAAGAUAACAUACAACCUCGUAAACCAGUACCUGAUGUACAACCAGAGACGAAAUCGGAGGGUAUUGAGCAACUUUACGACACUCCACCACAUGAAAAAGAACCGGAUGAAUUAAUGUUGUAUGACCUUCAUCCAUCUGAAGUACAGCCAAAAGAGUUAUCAUUUGAAAUUCGCGAAGUACAAUCAACUUUUUUACAGUCUUACGAACAGCCAGCUGAUGUACAACCAGAGGGAAAAUCAGAGGUUGUUAAGCAACCUUAUGAAACUCCACCACACCAAGAACCAGAUGUAUACGAUAAUCCCCCAUCUGAAGAAGACACAGACGAACUAAUGUCUUAUGAACUUUCUCCAACUGAAGUUCAGCCAAAAGAUAACUUGCAGCCUUAUGCCCUACCACCUGAUGCACAAGCAGCGAAAAAACUGGGGUAUGUUAAGCAACCUUACGAAACUCCACCACACGAUGAAGAACAAGAUGAAUUGAUUCCGUAUGAGCCUCACCCAACUCUAGUACAGAAAAAAGAUAACCUGAACGUACAACCAGAGACAAAAUCUGAGGAUAUUGGACAACUUUAUGAUACUCCACCACAUGAAAACGAACCCGAUGAAUUAAUGUUGCAUGACCUUCGUCCGUCUGAAGUACAGCCAAAAGAUGAUCAAGAAGAUCGAUCAUCUUACUUAGAGACUCAAGAACAAACACCUGAUGUACAGGCAGGCAGGAAAUUGGAGGAUGUUAAGCAAUCUUACGAUACUCCACCAUAUGAAGAGGAACCAGAUGAACUAAUGUUGUAUGAAUCUCAUCCAACUGAAGAACGACUAAACGAAAACUUACACCCUCAUGAACAGCCACCUGAUGAACAGACACCUGGUUCACUAACAGAAAGUAACUCAGAGAAUAUUAAGCAACCGUACGAAACUCCAGCACAUGAAGGACCUGAUGAACUGGUAUUGUAUGACCCUCGACCAACUGAGGUACAGACAAAACCUGAAAUGAUACCUGCAGAUAGUCUGUACCAUACUGAACAUUACCAAUAUUAUAAUGAAGAAAGACAUGAAGUAAGAUCCUAUGAAACAACGUCGUAUGAAUCACGUCCAGACAACACACAGCCACAGAAAUUACAAUCUUUCGAAACUCCGCCAACUGAAUUACAACCACAAGAUAUAAAUAAUGACAUGACACAGGGAGACAAGUUGUAUACUGAACCAUACGAUGUGGAAAAACCUGACGACCCUUCGGACGGAGACGAAUUUGAUGGAAUACAACAACACGACAGCCAUCUUCAUGAUGUGCAGCCCGAGGAAAUGCCCUUGAAUAAAACAGAUGGCUAUGAAGAAGAAACACAUAACGUUUCAACAUACAAAGUAAUACUUACGGAUACCGAAGAAAUAGAUAUCGAGCCAUAUCAAAACCAACAACAAAAUGAGGCUCAACAAAAAUUGCUACACGAACAGCCGUUAAGCGUAGUUCCGUCACAUAAAACUGAUCCACUUAAAUUCCAACCUCCUGAAUCGUGUCCACUUGAACAACGGGCUUUAGAGAUGCAGGAAUUCGACACUGAACAGAAUGAGUCCCAAUCUGAGGAAGAACGCAAUAAAACAGGGUAUGAUGCCGUGCCGAUUGGAAAUGUCUCAUAUGCUGAGGAAAUAUCAAUAGAAGAAUCACCGCAAGAAAAACAAACCGACGAAGUGAGGCAACAAAGUACAGAACAACUGGAAUCACCUCAUAUUCGACCGUUCAAAGCUGCAUUACAUCUUAGUGCAGACGAUCUGGAACCAGAACCACAACCGAUGGACAUUGAUUUUGAAAACCAAUCAUCUUUCAUAACAAGGCGUGAAGUGGUUACGAGUAAAGAAACAACAGUGCAUGAUUUAUAUUCGGUUAACACCAGCACCGAAUACGAAACUCAAUAUCUUGGUACGGAUUCGGUGUUAGACACAAGCUCACCAGGUGUGCAACUAGAACAAGUAACAGUUGAAUACACUCAACUGGAACCCAUACAUGCUGAGCCAAAUGACGUUGUUUCCUUUGAACAAAUCUUAAUCCUUGAUGAUCUGCCAGAGAAAGAGGACUCAAAUGAUGAAACAAACCGCAAGAAGAUAGCGCUUAAUACGGAGGAUGUAGACAUUCUGCAUUCUACAAAGUACAAAACAAUGCAAACUGAUGAGAACAAACAAUGUCAAGAACAAAAAGAACAACCAUUUGGGCACAUCGACAAGGACUCAGCCAUGGAGGUGGAACAUACUGCACAUUACAAUGUGGAAAGACGCGAAGUAAGAAAGUAUGAAACAAUACCAUCUGAAUCACGUUCAUACGACUUGAAACCACGUGAAUUAUCAUCUUUUAAAACCCAUGAGCCAUUUGAAGAACAGCCAAGAGAUAAACAGGAUGACGUAUCACCAGAUUUACAUCAUAAUGAAGCAUAUGAUGUGAGGAAACAUGAAAUAAGAUCAUACAAAACAAACUCAUAUGAACAACAACAAUAUGAGGUGCAACCACCUGAACCUUUUAAAACCCAGCCAUAUGAGAUAGAGCCUCAAUUAUCAGAUGAUAAUGUGUAUCACACUGGACCUUAUGAUGUGGAGAGACGUGAAGUAAGACCAUACAAAACAACUUCAUAUGAAUCACAGCGAUACGAGGUGCAACCACCUGAAUCUUUUGAAACCCGAUCAUAUGAGAUGAAGCCUGAAGAUAAAAAGAGUGAUGUGAUAUUAGAUGAUAAUUUGUAUCAUACUGAACCUUACGUUAUAGAGAAGCGGGAAGUAAGAUCGUACGAAACGUCAUAUGAAUCACGUGAUCAGCCAGGUGAAGUUGAUCCAUUAGACAGUGAUGAGUAUUUACCCCAAAGCAACACUAAGGUUGAUUCAAUACUAGAUUCGCCUACUCGCAAGAGGAAAUUCCCUGACAGCUACGAAGAGCAAAAAGAUGAUGAUGUAGAUCAAUCAGGUGCUCCACACGUGGCAAUCAAACGAAAAGUUAGGAUAACAACAUCAAAUCCAUUCCCAAAAGCUGGAAUACGAACCACAAGGAAGGGAGGAAGUAAGCAAAUAUAUGUUCCUCUGACAAGUGCAGACGAACCAAGAACAAAUCAAAUCGUUGAAAAGAUUUCCGCUAGCAAGAGAGAUGUUUUAGAAAGUACACAAGAACAGGUUGAUCACGUCUUCAGUGUCAUGGAAUAUGAAACAGCAGACAACAAGGAACAAAUUAGACAAAAACCACGGCCUCAAUCGGAAAACGAGUCGAAACACUCUCGCGAAAAUGACCUAUCUAUAAAACCAAGUAGCGAUCCAAACCCGCUCCGCAAGUACCGAGUUGAUUGUCAUAUUCAGUUAUCUCCUUUCGAAAGACCUGAAUCAAAGCGACCUUUAAAAUCUUGGAAAUCUGAACCGAUACUGAACCUGGAUCUGCUCGAAGACGAUGAUCUUCCAAAAACACGACGUUGGAAGUCUAUGAAUUUUGAAAAGAAAAUCCCUAAACAAAGCAGUGUAGUUAUUGCACUACAAAAGCCUCAACGACACCCUCUUGCGCCAGCAUAUUUAAUCGAUAACCUACCAUUUGAAACAAUUAUCAGAAAUGAAGUGAAUAUAAAACUAAAGAAAAAGCGAAAAAAGAUUCAUCCCUCGGCAAAGGUACUGGACGAUCUCUACGACGACGAACCCGAUGGACCAUCAGCUCGUGAAAUGCAACCACGUGAGAUACAGACAGAGGAAAUUGAAAGGGAAGAUAUACAGCUCAGUGAAUCCUUUGAGACAGUCGAUGCGUUCUUCACAGAUAAUUUCAAUGAUGAACCUGAAGAAAAUCCUGAUGACAACAAGGAGAAUGAACGUGAAGAGCCGAUGGAAAGUUGUGAGCAAUCACCUCUUAAACGGAGAAACGUGAGUACACAUUUUUACUACUUAAGCCUAGUUUCCAUUUUGUCGUGGCUGUCUUAACCAAGCAAUAGUCACCGAUGUGAAUAACUGGAUCUGUACGUACCGUUUUUGUAUCCUGUAUGCAAAUGAGUCUUAACUGACACAUUAUUACAUCGCUAACUUUGACAUGGACACGGCAACCACGAGUAAAUGGAACCAGGCUUCGAAAAUAAAAUUAUUAUAAUAAUAGGAAAAACCCUUUCCCAAAGUUUUUGUAUAUUAAUUUAGUUUUUAAAUCAUUUUGACAAUUAUUGUUGUCAACCAGGGCCGCCGAGAGGUUGCGCCAGGCCCGGGGCAAAACCUUUCCAGGGGGCCGUAUGACGUCAAUUGUAAAACAGAAGAAGCGGUGUCUUACAAUAUGUUACACUUUAUUGUAUAUUCUCAGUUAAGCAAUCUUGUAUCAAGAAAUUUGAAGGGACUGCAUUGCUUUGGGGCCCCCUUUUGAGCUGGUGGGCCAGGGCAAGUGCCCCCCCCCCCCCCAUCUCUCUCUCUCUCUCGGUGGGCCUGUUGUAAACCAUCCGGGAGUUUAUUAUCAUAAUUAAUUAGGUCUAAAUGGAUUUAUAUACAUGGGUUCAAUAACGAAUCUUUUUAUGUAAUUUACCAUACACGUGCAUGAUGGGUUUUUUAUUGCAUUUGAAACAGUGAUUUGAAACGAACGUAAUAAGCAAAACGUUAGCCUUAACUAUAAUAAACGACUUUGAGUGUAUGAUAGUUUCGGCUUGUAUUUUUCACCGAUCUCUCAAUUCCGUGCAUCAAUAGCACAAAAUGGAUACUUCGCGAAAUUUUAUCCCGUUUUUAAGAGUAAUUGACUCUUCUUGCCCUGCUUUGACACUAAUUGGGAUGAGAGAAGUAUCGGUGCACGAGAGUGUAAUCAGUAGUUUACAAAGGCAGUCCAAGACGGCCAUCGCAAAUUAUCUGGAUGAGUCGUUUCAUUGAGCUAGUACUAUAUUUUGCCUAAUCAAAAUUUUAAUCUUAAGAUGUUAAAACAUUCCGACUUGGUAACUUCAAUGUUCAAAAUAUUUCUCGACUUUAUUAGUUUUCGGGUAAUUCAGCCAUUCAAAUUUCCCCUAUUUUAUCAUCGCGUUACAACUCAUAACAAAGUUUCCUAUUUCCACGACUCCGGUGUCCUAGUAUUUCAAUAGAGCUUCAGAUUUGACUUCCACUACCGUUAUCACUACCUCUAACUAGUUUGGUACGCAUCUGAUUGGUUAAACGAAUAUAUCAAACUUAUCUGAUUGGUUGAUGGUCCCUUAAUGGUAGCGGUACUUGGAAGUCAAAUCUGAACCUCUAUAAUAUGGCGUCUUGAGUUUUAUAUUCAUGGCAGCAAAAAUGCGUUAAACGUUUAAAAAUACGUAUAAAGUUCGUCUGAAUUUGCUAUUAAAGGGAAAUGGCAAUAUAUUUUUUAUUUUCUCAUUUGAAAGAACUUUUAAGACUAUAUAUAAUAUUCUUUUACCGUUUUUCAUACCUUGCUUACUUCUACAAAUAUUUUGAUCGAAAUGAAUGAAAUGUCCGCCAUCUUCAUUUUUUAUCUAGACAACCACUAAUCAUUUUGCACUCAAAGCUAUACUCUGUCUGCCCUUUGAAAUAUCACGAUCACUCAAAACAUCUACCAAUCAAUAUUUGGUCAGCAACCAGUACUUUUAUAUGGUUAAUCCCUGUUGUGACGUCACCAAAACUACCAUUAAUGAGAUCAAAAAUUAAUCCAAGAUGGCGGCCAUCUCAUUAGUUCAAGUGAAAAUAGAACUAAGCAAGAUAUAAUCGGUAAAAGAAGUUAAUUAUACUUUCAAAAGUUCUUUCAAAUGAGAAAAUAACUUAUAUUGCCAGUUCCCUUAAGCCAUUUAUUGUAUAGAUUCGGAUGUUUACGUCAUUGUAUUGCCAUUCCACCGUAUACGAGCUAUUCUGCAAUCUGAUUGGUUGAGUUACUGGCCGUAUAUCAGCUCAUAUACGGCGAGUAGCGAAAAACAAAUACUAGUAGGAAAUACCGAAAUAAUACUAUGUGACAAUACAAUGAUAGUAACAUCCGAAUCUGCACGCAAAUUCAGAUGCAAAUUCAGACAAACUUUAUACGUAUUUUUAAGUGAUCUUUGCUGGGCGGCAUGCCUGUCAUUACCCUGGGUUCCAGAGCCUUCGACAUAAAUAAUAAAUUGAAACGUCGCGAAGGCUCUGGUUCAACGGGGAGAUUCAAUCGAGCCAAUCACAAAACAGAAUUAGUGGUUUUAGUUUAUUAUUUACUGUUGAAGGCUCUGGAAUUCAGGGUAGCCUGUCAUAUGGUAUAAUUGAAUCGACGACAGCAGGUUCGAAGGUCAGCGAGAAACAAAGCGGAAGUUCAUGUGUAAAAUUUCAUUUUAAAAUGGCUAGACUCAACGAGUUUAUUCGUUUAAAUGUCGGUGGAAGAAUGAUGGCUGCAAAACGAUCAACUCUGUGUCAAAUCGAAGGUUCGGUACUGGCUACUAUGUUUAGUGAAGUAACUGAAGACAACUUAGAUCGCGAUGAAAAUAAUAACAUCUUUCUAGAUCUGAACCCAAAGUAUUUCAGCAUUAUACUGAAUUAUUUACGUGCAAAAAGUAUACAACCAACAAAUGUACCAUUCCCCAAGCUUAAACCUGAAGAGAUCAGACCAUUUUCAGAAUUAGCAAUCCAGCUAGGGCUAGAGAAUGAGUUUUCGUUAGAUAUACCAAAAUUCACACUACAUGGUACAUGGAUAGCACUUAAAGCCAACGCUGUUGCAACGCAUACUGGACAUAACCGAGCAGUUGGAUAUGCCUUAAGUGAUGUACAUCGAAAUGGAAUCAUACGCUGGCAACUUAAACUGGAAUCUAUACAAAGUCAAAUGUUUAUCGGCGUAUUGAAAGCGGAUACUGAACCGUAUGAUAACAGGUCUUAUGAUAUGCAAGGGUCCUAUGGGUGGUUACUUAAGGUCGGCGAUAAAAUCAUUGGAAGUGCAUGGAACGAUGGGAAGGAAAUCUAUAAUCUAAUUGCCGAUGUCAAAAAAGGAGAUACAGUAGAAGUAUUACUAAACAGCGUCACAGCAAAACUUUCGCUUGUUCUAUCACCAGUCAGGGAAUUUCACAUGUUUUUACCAAACUCCGAAGGUUGGAGACUGCACAUAAAUUUAUUUCACCAUAAUGAUAUAAUACAAAUACUGUCGCCUUGAGCGUACAAUUGAUGAUUUGGUAACCAGCUGCUGUAUGGCAAGGGCAGAUUAAAAUCUUAAAAUUCGCAACCAAAGGGUUAAUUCCUGACUAAACAUUGCGGAACUCACCGAACGCAAAGUGAAACAACUAUUUUCUGACUUCCGGUUGGUUUUCCAAGAAAAACGAAACAAUACAAAGAAUUAGGUCAGACAGAAAACAUUGUUCCUGUUUAAUAGUAUAGCAGAUUUACAAAUAAUUUUAAUUUCUUUAAUAAAUAAAACCUGCAUGAUGUUAGCAUAUCGCGUACUAAUAAUACGCAAGCUUGACUAGAAUAUGCGUGGUAUUUUAUGAUUUCCGGUAGAUUUCCAAGAACCCAAGAAGCAGAAGACAGUCAGUUCCGAUCUCAGACGAAACGUAUUAUUAAAUUUACGAGUGGAUAUAUAAUAAGCGAUGGGUGACAAUAUAGUUUAUUUAAAUGUUGGUGGUACAAAAAUGGCUACUAAGAUGUCCACACUAUGUCAAAUUCAAGGAUCACUGCUCGCCGUCAUGUUCAGUGGACGUUGGGAAGACAGUGUUGAACGCGAUGAGGAUGGUCAUAUUUUCUUGGAUUAUAAUCCGGAAUUAUUCGCUUGUGUCCUCGACUAUCUUCGUGCUAAGAAGCUAGAGACGCCAAGUAAACCUGCAUUACUACCUCAAGUUGCUUUGGAAGACGCCGUGAAUUUCAGAAGUCUGGUUGAUUAUUUGGGUGUAGAGCAGAAUAUCCAGAACGAUACACAAGCAAGGGAUGAAAGUACGAACGAUAAUGGUAAAUGCCAGUUUGAGUUACACAGUGAAGGAAUAGAACUUAACCAAAAUGGAACUGUUGCCAGGCAUGAAACGGGAACAAACUGUCAUGAGUUUGUUAUUGGAAAAGAUGAAGUUAACGCAACUGGCGAAGUUCGAUGGCGACUCAAACUUAAUGAAGUGCAACCAAAUUCAAAGUUAUUUGUCGGUGUGUUGGACACUCGCUACCGAGAUAGUUGCGUAUCUGAGUCACUAACACAACGAGUAAAUUAUAUCCAUGUCCCACCUGUAUAUGAAUGGGAAGGAUCGUAUGGCUGGAUCCUGGGAGAAAAUUUCCAGACUUGCUCAAAUGGACAUGUGUUAAACACAAACACCUUUGGUGUUUUGGGUAAACAGGAUGACACAAUAGAGUUGCAUUUAAAAACAAAAACGUCUGAUAUACCUGAAUAUACCAAUACACAAGUUUCACUGUUACUCCAGCCAUCAGGUUUGAAACGAUGUAUACCCUUACCUAACUCACGAGCGUGGCAGUGUGUGAUUGGUUCAUAUUACACUGGUGACCGCAUAUCCCUGAUUUGUCUGAUUUCUUAAUAGACAAGCUAAAACUACGUAUUGGUAAAUAUAAUUAAUAUGUAAAAUAAUAUAAUGUUUUUGUAUGCCAAUAUUCUUAUAACCAUAGACAGUUUGUAAUGUUAGAACGUACCGAAACUUGGUCUAUGAUUUUACUGUAAUGUAAGCAUUCAGGAACCUGCUGCUGUACGUUAGGGGCAGAGUAAAAUAUCACGAUUUUUGGGCAUCUCACUUGAUUUAACUAAAUGUUGACAGAUUGUGUAGUUGGCCAUUUCGAGUGUAAAUUUUUAUAUAUUUAUUUAUAUCUAUAACCAGGAGCAGCUGUCGGAAAAAUGCAAUUAUACUGUAGGUCCUCUAGCAGGAAUUGCGAUUCCAGUGCAGUGCACUAAGCCAGUACGGGUUUAGCCUUCGUAGCAGGCGUUUAUUUAUAACGCAGGCUAGUAAGGGUUAAGGCUUAAGCCAGUUUUCCACUUCAAUCGUAGCGAAGCGCAUUUCUUUGUUUCCUGAACACUAGAGUGGAACUAAUGACUUCGAUACAAAAGAAAAUGCUACGAUACAUUACGAUACGGUUGAAGUGGUAAACUGGCUUUAGAAUACCAUGCAUGUAUGUGGUUCUCGGCACUAGCAACCAAAAGGUUAGACUACAGAUUAGGGAAGUGAAAGAACUAUUUUCUACUUCCGGUUGGACUUCCAAGAAACAGGGAUACAAUGCAAGGGAUCAGGUCAGGCAAGAAAACAUUAUUUUGUGUUAGAUUAACAAAUUCACAGCAAAUAUACAAAUACAACGAUAAUUUUUCAAUAAAACCUGCAUGCAUUCCUGCUAACAUAUCGCUUACUAACCUGUUCUGUGGUCAGUGAUACAAAAGAACAGUACCGUGCUGGCAGAGGGUGACGGGGGGGGGGGGGGGGGGGGGGGGGGGGGGGCGUAUGGCUAAACAUGAGCCAGCACGCCACUGGUAUUUUCUUAAUUACAUUUCGUCAGAUUUCAAAGAACCAAGAAGACGAAUACACUUGCAGUGAUACAGUGAUUGUAAAAACGAUGGGUGACGAAAAUGAUAUAGUUUAUUUAAACAUCGGUGGUACAAAAAUGGCUACUAAGAGGUCGACACUGUGUCAAAUUGAAGGAUCACUGCUUGCCUCCAUGUUCAGUGGACGUUGGGAAGACAAUGUUGAACGCGAUGAGGAUGGUCAUAUUUUCUUGGAUUUCAACCCGAAAUUAUUCGCUCUUGUCCUCGACUAUCUUCGUGCUAAGAAGAUUGAGACGCCAAGUAGGCCUGUAUUACUACCUCCAGUUGCUUUGGAAGACACCGUGAAUUUCAGAAGUCUGGUUGAUUAUUUGGGUGUAGAGCAGACUAUCCAGAACAAUACACAAGCGAGCGGUAGAAGUAUAGAUGAGGGUAUUAAACACCAGUUUGAGUUUCACAGCGAAGGAAUUGUACUUCAAGAAAAUGGAACUGUUGCCAUGCAUAAAAUGGGUACAGACCGCCAUGAAUUUGUUAUUGGAAAAGAUACUAAUGGCCCAUGGAGGCUAUGCCUUCAGUCAGUGAAACAAAGUAGUGGUGUGUUUGUUGGUGUACUGAACACAAAAAGUCGAGACGACUGCAUAUCCGGGUCACUUAUACAGCGCGCUGACAACAUUUUUACGUCACCAAGUACUUGGACUGGGUCGUAUGGAUGGGUUCUAGGUGAAAAUUCCCAAACAUGCUCAAAUGGAAAUGCUUCACCAACACCAAACUAUGGUACUUUGGGCAAACAAGGUGACAUAAUUGAAUUACAAACAGUAUCAUGCCAGUUAAGCUGGAGUCCAAAAUACUGGGAAAUAGAAGUUUCACUGCUUUUGCGACCAUCUGGUCUGAAAUUGUCAAUGACUAUAACACAAUACUCACAAAACGGUGAAAACUGGCAGUGUUUGAUUGGUUUGUAUCAUCCAGGUGACUGCAUAACCUUCCUUUCAUAGCAAGCUUCCAAAAUGCAUGUUAUAUCAACAGUCUACAAGUUAUUGGUGACUUUCUUGCUCUAUUAGUGCCUACCUGCACAUUAAUUUAUUGAUCAGUACUGUACUGUAGUCCAUAACUCAUAAGUAAGAGUCGGUGAAAUUGUGUUGUAAAUUCGAUGUUCAAUUAUUUUCACAAAAAGUGCGUAAUAUUUCACUUUUAAUUAGAGACUCACUGUAAAUGUAAUCAUGACUCCAUGAUCCCAAAUCUACACUCUAGAUAUAUUAAAAGCUUUAUUAUUACUAUUAAAAUAGCUGUUUGUUUCUUUCUUUUUAAUAAUACUGUUGCUGAAUCUCCAAUGAAGUGUCACUAAUUGCUUAAAAUUGAAUUAUUUAGAAAGCCAAUUAAAUGGGAAUUUGUUAAUGUUAAUAUGUAAUUAAUUAACCCAUUAAUUACAUCAGUGUUGUAUUAAGUAUACCGACACAUUGAGGCUUACUGGUUUACAAUAUUAUUCUCAACAUAAUUUUACAUCAUCAAUCAAUUGAAAACUCAUUCAAGGUAAUAUACAGUAAACAAGAAAUCCAGAAAUCUUGAUGUCAAUUAGGUCAAUAGAACUUUUAUUUUCUGAAGUUUUGGAAUAAACAGACAUGCAGAAAUACAUAAACCAAAUCAGCAAGGUAAAUUAAAAAAUUUAUCCUGGCCAUGGAUUAGCACUAUAAUCAUGCUUUGAAUAAUUAUAGCUCUAGAUACAGCUAGGAGGGAUAAAAAUCCUGAGAAUCAGAGAUCCUUGACAGAGAGGUGCAGGUUUUUAUGUGCCAGCACUAGCCCAUGGACUUUGCAAAGUCUUUUAAAGAUGUCAUUGAUUUUUAUUAGCCCAUUGCCAUAUCUCGAUCAUAGUAUAGUCAUUUGAUCUCUUCAUGUUAUCUCCGAGACAAUCAAUUUUCCCUUACUGUAAUUAUGUUUACUUAUUUUUUAUUCUGCUUAAUAUGGCAUUAUGUUAAAUAUGCUUUUCCACCAUUUUUGGGUGGCAAUUAAAACUGCAAAUUAGUAACAGAGAAUAUGACAACAAGCCUGGAUAAAGUCUGGUUGCAUCGUGUGAGAAAGGUUAAUUAUUUGAUAACAACCGCCAUGAAUUUUUAUUAUUAUGCCCACAAUAGGUGGCCAAACACAGGACAUAUUUCUAAUUGGAAAGCAGUGGCGUGCUGGGUACUAUUUUUCUGGAGGGGCCAGUGGGCUGUCAACCAAUAUGCGCCCCUAUAAUGUUACACUUGAUAAACGAGGGCCGAAGGCACGAGCUGAGUGCCGCAGGUGCGAGGUUUGUCUAGGGGGGUCCGGGGGCAUGCCCCCCAGGAAAAUUUUUGAAUUUAGAGUCUCUGAAAUGCCAUUUCCUGGACUUUGGGAGAAGAUUUGGCAGAAAUCUGAUGGUCAGGAAACGGCAUUAUAACGUGUCGAAAUUUGCAAUUUGAUUAGAAUUUAGUAGUACUACUUAAAUUAUGCAAUGAUAACUACUUCCAGCGAUUAAUUUAAUCCCAAUUCUGUUCUCUACUGAUCUACUGUUCUGAGCACAUUUACAACUUAAAGCUCUUUUAUACAAUAACACACGCACCCCACGCAUAUGCAUUUCAAGGUUUCCUUGCCUGGCUGCCAAAAGGGCAUGUUUCAGCAUUAUUUCAUUACUUACAUUACUCAUGCUUCUUGUGCAAACAACUAAAUUGCGUACACAACUUUACAUCAGUUAUCAUAACUUCAACUAUCUAAUUUGCGCCGCCCUCGUGAUUCGUGAAGCAUAUUAUAAGGGCAUAAUACCAGCAAAAAAGGGCAUAAUUCCCUGAUCGCUUCGAUCGAAACCUGACCAAUAUUCCGGUAAUGAGACAUUGCCUGUGAUCACUGAUAAUGUUUCUAUAUGAACGAUUUCGUGUGAGCCGCGAGGUAGCAAAUACGGUUAGGCAAAAUAGUCUGUAAUUUAAUAUAUGUCGCCUAUGCGCUUAGUCUGUUUUAUACUGUAGCCUAUAAACAUGUCUUUUCUUGGCGGAAGUAACCAUAUUUUUUCGAGAAUGUGUUUUUUCCCACCCACUUUCAAAAUUCGGCGCCCCAUUUUCAUUUUUGCGCCCCCCCCCAAGAAUUGCCAGCUGGGGGGGCCGUGGCCCCCCUGCCCCCCCUGCCAGCACGCCACUGUUGGAAAGCCAGUUUGCUGAAAGAGUGAAAGACUAUAUCAUGUGUUCCCCCAACAAGGGCGGUUGUUGUAAACUGUGGAUCAGCACUAACCCUCGGUUAAAAUUUAACCUGCUGUUUUAGUUAAUGUAUUUCUGCAUUACUGUUUAUUUCAAAACUUCAAUUGAUCCAGACAAGACUUCUGAAGAAAUAUUUCCAAAUUUAUAAACAAGGUGUUGGGAUCGCAAAGCUUGCUGUGAUUUAAGUUAACCUGGGGCCUUAAGAUAAUCACCCGGCCUCUGGAGCCGGUAAUUGUUCAUAGGUGGGUUCGCGGUAUAUUGUAUAUAACCCUGGGUUAAAAUUUAACCUUCUGGGGCCGGUUGUUCAAAGCUGGGUUAGCUUAACCCUAGGUUAACCUAAAAAUUCAAAGCAAACUUCCUGACAGCUUGUCUAUAAAUUUGGAAUAAUUUCUUCAGAGAUCUUGUCUGGAUCCAUAGGAGUUUAUACUUCUCUGACGUUUUGAAAUAAACAUUUACAGCCGUGCAGAAAUACACAAACUAAACCAGCGGGUUAAAUUUUAACCCAGGGUUAGCGCUAACCCACCUUUGAACAACCAGCCCCUGUAUAUAAAAGCAUUGAGUGAGGAUUAUUCUGUAUUUAUUCAGAAUCCUAUGGCUAUUAAUUACCCACACACCCAUUGGGUAAGACAAUAAGGGGUGCAUUAUUACCAGAUGGACUGUUCAACACACACAUAAGUUAUAACAAAAUAUUAUUAUUAAAUUAUAUUUUUACCUGCCAUAUAUGAUUGCUUUCCCUGCUGGCUGAGGUACCUCUGUCAGCAGGGAAAUGAUUGCUUUGUGUUCUGUUCCCUCGUGACUGUCAACUUCUUGAUACGCAACUGAAAAGUCUAAAAUUAAAGCAUAGUGAGAUUAUAUCAAUGCAAGAAAGUCAAAUAUUGAAUAGUACUGCAAAAAUUCUACCUUCAAUCAAAGUAUGAAUAAUGAAUAUCAAUAAAAACGCUAAAAAACCAGGGCUUCCGAGGACGCUUCGUUUUAAAAUUUCCCACAAUUUCCUAAUUCAGGUUUCAGCCCGCAGGUUCAGUUCCCACCCGCCAAUAUUAGGGCUUGACGAACUGUGAUCUAUUCAAUCUGCGGAUUCAGUUAGAACACGUUAGAAUAAAAAAUCUUCAAAACCUCCAAUAAAAUAAAGCGACUAGUACUGCUACGCAGGCUAAUCUCUAUUGAUCCCUAUCAUUGAUAUAUAAUCUGUACGCAUACGUAUAUAAUCUGUACGCAGUUCCUCUUGACGGAUAAACGGUCAUUCCGCCUACUACUUAGUACUAUGUGUAUAGUGGACCUCUCUCUCUUCCGCCGAGGCGUUUAUUUACGAUUGUAGUUUAAUCGGCACGGGCUGUGUACCUUGAAAAUGUAAGGAAUUCGAGUAAUUGUGAACGCGCGGCGCGGAAGAGCAGGCGACAGCAAGAAGUUCCCCGUGGUUCUGGGUACCAGGUUGGAAUUCCUCCCGCGCUCGAAAGGAAAAUAACCUCGUCUCGGUUGCCUCGUCCCCAGGGUCUUCUAAAAUAAUCUGAUACUCAUUACUCAGGCUAAGUAAGAUAUCGCGCUAUGGUAACUAGCUCCUAAGCCUCGCACUGUCGCACAUCCUAUAUUGUGCCUUUUGUUUAUUCUAUGAUUCCACUGUAGGCGGAUGAUCCGAUCAGAAAUCUCAAGUUGAAAUUUUUCUUCGGGAUUCAGAUCGGGAUAUGUAGCAUGACAGAAUGACUGUUAACGUUUCAAGUAUCACCAUUCAGUAUUACAUGAGUAUCGCCAUUCAGUAUUUUAGACUGUUAAUUCAUCAAUUCACAUUUGUUUAGUCUUUCCAAAUUUGGUUUUGAUUUUGUAUCACACCUCUCAGGAUUUUAGUUUCAGUGCUAGAAGUUACUAUCUCAAGGAAAGUGCUGCCUCGGCCCCAGGGAUCAAAGGCAGCAAACAUCAUUAUUUUCUAGAGAUAGAUUAUCGAAGUCGAAGGUCAGCUAAAUAUUCCAAUUCUAUUUUCUUGGCAUGCGCGGUUUUACACGAAUAUCUUAAAUGCUUAUAAUUUCUUGCUUUUGUAUGUAUAUUAUUAUAAUACUGUCAGUGGUGAAGCUAUAGCCUUAGCAACAGGUCAUGCUAUGAACGUUUUUAAUGAUUUGCAUUAUUCAAAAAGAUGUAGGUUUAUUAGCAUUGCAUGACCAUUGCUAGCUUGCCAAUGAAUACUGUACAAUAUCAUAUAUAUAAAGGAUAAUUUUGUCCAUUUUUUGUCAGUUUUGUGACUUAAAUAUACUUGAUUUGUUAAUAUAUGUUUUUUUAUUUGACGGUUUAUUAUAUUCAAAAUAUAUCAAGCGUUGCAGAAAAUGGGCCGCCCAAAAGUUAAUCCUUGCCCACGCAAAAUCCAAGCAUACAUUGGAAGUUCAAUGAUAUUCAUGUCCCCUCUUCCUGCUCGUUUUAGAUUGAACCAACUCCUUUGGGUGAAAAGAAGCCAAGAAAAUCACGUCUAAACAUCAUCCCUGUAACAAUCAGACCUAAAUCCUUCAAAGAGGAACCAACUUACGUGGUCGUAAAACAACAACAUUCAUCAGAUAUUACCUAUGGACGUGUAGAAUCUGCACCGAGCUAUAAAAUACAUCAUGCUGUAACUUCUGAAAAACCUCGAGAUGAUAUUAUUAUUGAAGAAACGAGUUCAGAAUAUCAGAAUAGAACUAGUACAGGGUUUCUCAAACAACAGCCACAUGAUGGAGAAACGUUCAAAGAAGAUAGAAGAGAAAGGAUUUCAGACUUUAAAGAAACAACCAAUCGUCGUACAAGCGCAAACAAGGUAAGAAUGUUUUGUACUUUUGUGCAAUUAGUUAAUCACCUCUUUACGGGCUCUUUUAAAAUUUUCCAUUACGACUACUUGAUACUUAAUAUUGAACUUUCUCUUGACUUUUUUGAGUCAUUAAUGUCCAUGCAAGAACAAGGCUUAACAUUUUAUUAAAAACGACGUUCCGGAGUUUACUCCAUCAUCAGGUUAAAAGACUACAUUACACUGUCUAAACAGCUUGCGUUAAGCUUGCGGCUGUAUACCUUGAUAAAAGAUAUAUUGUAGCCUUAUAACCUGAUGACGUUUUUAAUAAAAAAUGUUAAGCCCAGGGGCGUAACUAGCCCCUUUUGAUUGGGGGGGGGGGGUAUCUGCUAGAAUUGCCCGGCGAAACCGAUGAUGCCCUGCAGCAAAAAUAUUUUUUGUCAAUAUUUUUCCUAAAAAAGUUGGCGAGGGGGGGAGGUCGACAUUCAAAAAAAGGGGCCGAAAAAAUUUUUCUGGACAAAAACCAGUUCAAUUAAAGGUCAAAAAAAAAUUUUUCGGACAAAUUCCUGUUAAAACAUGUAUGAAACCCUUAUUUUUUUAACAAUAUCUGAAAUUUAAAAUCUUUCGUUGCCCUGCCCAUCCAGAUGAUUUAAAAUUUUCGACUAGAUUUUCAGUAGUUUUGCCCGACCUUUUCUUAGUUUUUGUCCGACGAGAGUACCGUUUCGAAAGAUUGCGGGGGUGAAACCCCCCCCCCAACCCCCCCUGUAGUUACGCCCCUGGUUAAGCCUUGUUCUUGGUCAUUAAUAAUUACUACUUGAAUUGAUAGAUUAUUGCAUGUACUGUGCAAGACCUACCCAAAUUAUAUGUUUGGACAAAUAAGUAUUUCAUCAAGUUCUUGUGAAGUUAACUAUUUCUUUAGAAUAAUUAUAAUGUAAGCCUUUCCCCCUUCCGUCUGCUUAUGAACAACAGUGUAUGUCUAAUGUGUAUGGCCACGUUCGAACCAGUAUAUGGUUUAGCCAUCGGUAUGUUAGGGAAGGAACACUUUCUGCCGAAAUUCAUAACCGAUACUAACGUCAUUUUUCAUCGAACACAACUGUAGGACGAAACCAAAGACGAUGAUAAAGACUUUGAAAAUGAACUCAUACAGACCCAAGAACAACCAGUACAAAGUGAACCAGUGCGUGACUUAUCAAAACAACCCACGCCAAGGAGAUCAACGAAACGGCGUCAUAGAAUUAUGUUAGGUGAUGGAAACCUUGACGAAUCUGUCAAGAAUGAUGAACUUCCUGUUUUGCCCGCAAUGGAGACCCCCAUCUUAAAGGAUGAGCCCAGUGAACCGAAUGAAGAGCCAAAAAAUGUAAUACCUGCCGUUGAUGUAGCAAGGUAUUUGGAAGACAACGACAAUAACAAUGUACCAAAAGAUCGAUAUUCUGUACUUUACCCAAAUAAAAUUACGAGCCCUACUGAAGAGCUUCACAAAACUAAUCAACCUCAAACGUUCUCCCAAUACCCUGAAGAUCCCAAGGAAGCUUUGGACGAAACAAAUGUAGGUGUUCCUUUAAAUGAAACUCAUGACUUUCCGGAAAAACAAGAAUCGCCUUUUUCAAUAGAUAUACAACAAUAUCUGGGGCAUAUGGUUGAUGACAAGGUAAGAGAAAAACCUGAGGUUAACGACUUGGAUCAUUUUGAACCAUAUGAAACAUAUGAGGCAAACAACGAAAUACAGAGGUUGAUGGAAAAGGUAUCGGACGACGAGGAAGAACCGAUGAAGCCACUUGUGCCACAACAGAGUAUCGAAGUUAUUUUGGUCGACGAAACGAAGAAAAAGAAGAAAAAGAAAUUGAAAAAGCAAAGAGAUCCAAAUGUCGACACAAUUUCUGAUGAUAUAAUAGUUGAUGAACCUGUGGCAAAUGUUAGUCAAUUGCAAGAACCAGCUACGGUGGAAGUAAAGCCAGUUCCAGAAAAGAAAGAGCGAGUCGACACAAAGGAAAUAGCAGUACAAACGAUGCCUGUACUUGACGAUAUGGAUAGUGAAGACGAUUCUGACCAAGAGAUUCUUCAUUACCAACAAAGAUCCGCGAUUGGAGGUUACCUGAUCAAUACAAUACCUGAAGAACAAGAAGAUGAAAGUCCACUGUCUACUCCAGAUCAAAACAAUUUCACUCCUAUAGAUCAAGAACAAAUUCAUCGCGAAAUGGAUUUCUUAUUUAGGGAUACCCGGGAUCAUGAACCAACUCCUAGACAUCCUUCCAAAAGGACCGAGAAACCAACCUAUUCUGAUACUCCAGUUCUUCCCCAAAAACAAUUUUCAGAGCCUACUAUUGAAAAAGACGAAGCAAAGUCGGUAGAACUUUCUCCAUAUGUUCACGAUCAGUCGCGACAAACUAGAGAGGCACAUGACACACAAAAGAAACAACCAAACGAACAUGAAAACGAUCUCAGAAUGUCUCGCCCAGGUUUAACUAUCUAUAGUUCUCUGUCCGAGCCUACUGACGAGAAAGCAACAGAAAUGUCAAAACCUUGGGAAAAUGACUUUCCGCAGGUUGGACAGGGAGAACCAUAUAACAUACAUUCAUACCAACCACCUGAAGAUGAAAAAGCGGGUUUUGAAUUCGACAGGCCAAGAGAAGCCUUGGAAAGCUCUCCUACAAGUAGUAUAGAAGACCUUUCAGAAACGAGAUACAAACCAAGGUUCGAUAUACAAGAUUUUGUGGAGGAAGACAAAAGACGACAAAAUGGAGUAGUAAUCCAAGCACCACCAAGUAAAAAGCAUAAAAUGUCAUCACCACAUUCUCCGAUAGACAAUACAUUGUUAGAAGGAGAGUUAUAUCAGAGAGAAGAAACUAUCCCAGUUGCUGAAGAAGCAGAAUUAGUCAAGCCAUCAUAUCAACCUAAAUACGAGGUUCAUGAUUUCAUUAAGCAAGAUGUGCAGAAACGAUUGGAACCGAUCAAAUCUACCAGUACAAAAGAUUUUGUAUUGGAAGAAGAGCCAUAUCAAUAUAGUGGACUAGAUGGACAAGGUGACAUCAGAACACCUUAUCAGCCGAAAUACCAGGAAGGAGAAGACACACAACAGCCAAACAAUUAUGUUGUUCAACAAGAAGAUGAAUUGAAACCUACACAGCUAGAUUAUCAACCAAGGUAUGAAAUAAGAGAAUCCAUACGCCAUCAACAGCCCAAGGUAGGCCGAUCUUCAGAACCAUUAGAAAGCGUUGAACCUCAUACUAGAGAAGGUAUAUCUGAGCCAAUUCGCCCAAACUAUGAGCCACGAUUUGAACUAAUAGACAUGGUAGCGAAAGAAAACAAAGUUAGUGAGAAGCCCAGUUAUCUUGAGCCAGCUCAAACGAUGGAGGUACCAACAGUUUCGAUAGCCCAAGAGGGACCAGAACCAUUAUUUUACCAACCAAGAUAUGAAAUAAAGAAUUUUGUCUUAGAAGAAGAACCUGGUAAUGCUGACAAAGAGGGAGAUCACGAAGAAUCGGACACAGACGAUUCUUCAUUCAAUGAUAUACCAGAAACUACACAACCAACAUACAAACCACGUUAUAUACUGGAUGAAACACCUGAAAAUAAGACACAAAAGGUGCAACCUACAUUAAAAGAAAAGAAAGACAUCCCUUUUGAAUCGACGAGGGAUGAAAUUAUCCAGUCAACUUAUCAACCGAGGUAUGAAAUAACAGAAUUGAGGCGAAAAGACGAACAAAAACGCCAGCAACACAUAGAGAAAGAUAUUCCUGAUGGAUAUCUGGAAAAUAUUCCAAGUCACCAGUUUAAUAAAGAAGGACCAGAAAGUAUAAGACCUGUUUAUCAACCUAAAUACGAAAUACGAGAUUUUGUGUUGGAAGAAUCGCCAGAUGAGGAAAGACAACCUGUUUUAGAUGAACGCGUAAAUACUACGGCUGUUCCUUUAGUCCAACAAGAACCAGAUAUAAGGGGUUCCCCAUAUCAACCUCGUUAUAAAAUUACCGAUGUUGUGUUGGAAGAUCAAUUUGAGAAGAAAGCAAAGCCAAUAAAACCUCUUCGGUUUAAAAAUCGAAUAACAGCUGCGGUUCCUUUUAUUGAAGGAGAGUCAGAACUUGUUGAAGAAAGACCAGAACCGGAACAUAUUUCACCAGUUUAUCAACCACAGUAUGAAAUAGGAAAUUUCCUAUUAGAAGGGCAAAUGCAUAAAUCUGAAGAACCCAAACUUAUCUCAGAAGAAUCACCCGUUCUUGAAGAAGAAUCGAAACAAACUCGUUCUUUUCGUGAACCAAAGUUUAAAAUUGAUGAUUUUCUCUUAGAGAAAGAACCUCAAACCGAUAAACAAUAUUAUCCAGUGCCAGAUGACAAGACUGAUAACAGUCCUGUUCCCGUGACUGGGGACGACCAAGAAUCUAACAGAUUAUUUCACGCGCCCAAUUACGAAAUUAAGGAUUCUGUAUUAGUCGAUAUGCCCGAAUCUAAAGAUCAAAACGAAGCACCUAAGAAUGAAAUGUCAUUUGUUUUAGAAGAGGAGUCUGAGAGCAACGAAAUGCCAAUUUACCCUACUGCAGCUACUAUUGUGGAAAAAGAAUCUGAAAUAAAGUGGCAUUCUUAUGAGCCAAAAUACGAAAUAAGAGAUACGUUGGAGAAAGAAACUGCGGGUAAAAAUAGGUUAUUCGAACCAAUGGAAUCUCUCUAUCAGCCUAAAUACGAAAUCAGAAAUUUUGUGCAAGAACAACCGAAAGAGAGUAGAGCGAAAGAACAACCAUCUAAAUACCCCGCAUCAGAUGCCAAGACAACAUUAGCUCCAGUGAUUCAAAGAGCUCCAGAUUCCAGACUUACGUAUGCGCCAAAAUAUAAAAUAAAUGAUUUUGUAUUGGUUGAAGAACCUGAAAGUAAACCACAACAGCAACAAACACUUGUGUCAGACCAGAUCAUAGAUGUACCUUCAAUACCACAAAGCAAACAACAAACAAAUUUUAUUGUCGAGGAACAGCCUGAGAAUGACCGUUCUACAAAGCAUGCUGUAAGAGAUGAAACUAUCAGCCCUGCUUCAGUACCUCUCGUUGAAGAACAGCCUAAACCUACUUACGCGAUUCCUCGACCAAAAAGUGUCAGAGAAUUUGUAUUAGAAGAAGAACCUACAAAAAAGAAUGUACGACAAGAGCCUGCAUCUGAUAAAAAUAUACAGGUAACUGUAGUGAAUAACCUGCAGGAAGAGCCUGAAAUAACUCGUUCAUUCCAUCAACCAAAAUAUGAAAUAAAUUACCUUGUGCACGACGAUGAAGACCAAGAGCCAAAUCGACUAGAAGAAGACAAUAUGAAGAGGUUGCCAGAACAUCCGGUAACAGAUGAAAGGGUAGACGUUACUCAAGUUUCCAUCGUCGAAAAAGAACCCGAAUACAAUUACCAAGCCUUACUGCAAAGAAAAAUGAGAGAAAUUGUGAUAGAAGAGGAACCUAAACGUGAACGUGCACCCGAUGAAAAAGAGAAUGAGACCCCUGUAAAUAAUCUACAGGACGAACCUGAAAUAACUCGAUCACGACAUGAACUAAAAUAUGAAAUAAAUGACCUUGUGUUUGAAGAACAACCUGAAAAUGAAGAUUCGCCAAGAUUUUCCGAGAUGGAUGGAUAUACCAAACCAGUUACCGUGCCUUUAGUUCAAGAAGAACUAGAGCAAAAUCGAUCUGUUUACCAGACAAGAUAUGAAAUUCGUGAUUUUGUGCUGGAAGAACAUGCAGAAAUUGGAAAACAGCUACAAACAAAACCUGCCGACAUAACAGAAUCUCCCUUAGUGGAAGAAGAACCGGAAAUUAAACACCCAGUUUAUAAACCAAAGGAAUUUGAGAUAAAAGAACUGAAAACAGGUUCUAUAAACAACGCACAAAAUAAUUCUGGAAUGACUCGGUCACUAAAUCAGCCAGAAUAUGAAAUAAAUGAUCUCGUGCUGGAAGAACCAGAAAAUUUAAGAUUUUCUGAGACGGAUGGUGAUAUAAAUGGAUGGAGAAAUCGAAUAGAGAAAGAACCAAAGUAUGAGAUAAGAGAUUUUGUUGUUGAGGAACAUCCACAAAACAACGCAAGACCUGAACAUCCCGUAAUAGAUGAGAAGGUAAACAACGCUGAAGUUCCUAUCGUCGAAACUAUGGUUGAGGAACAACCUGACUUUUACAGACCAUUUGAACCAAGACAUGAAGUCAAAGCUUUUGUAUUAGAUGACGGGCCAUUAAUUGAACGAGAUCAAUCGAAACCACAAGAGAAAACAAAGACAGAUGAAGUACCUGUAUCUUCGAAAGAACCACAUUUUACCAGAUCUGUUAACAGUCCAAAAUAUGAUAUUCCAGACUUAGAAACACAGAACAAAGUUAUAGAAUUUGUUAUCGAAGAACAGCCGGAACCUGAAGGUGUUCCAAAACAUUCUGCGACAGACGAAACUGUAGAAACAAGUACAGAAUCAAUGGUUGAGGAGGAACCGGACUUUUACAGACCAUUUGAACCAAGAAAUGAAGUAAAAGCUUUUGUAUUAGAUGACGGGCCAUUAAUUGAACGAGAUCAAUCGAAACCACAAGAGAAAACAAAGACAGAUGAAGUACCUGUAUCUUCGAAAGAACCACAUUUUACCAGAUCUGUUAACAGUCCAAAAUAUGAUAUUCCAGACUUAGAAACACAGAACAAAGUUAUAGAAUUUGUUAUCGAAGAACAGCCGGAACCUGAAGGUGUUCCAAAACAUUCUGCGACAGACGAAACUGUAGAAACAAGUACAGAAUCAAUGGUUGAGGAGGAACCGGACUUUUACAGACCAUUUGAACCAAGAAAUGAAGUAAAAGCUUUUGUAUUAGAUGACGGGCCAUUAAUUGAACGAGAUCAAUCGAAACCACAAGAGAAAACAAAGACAGAUGAAGUACCUGUAUCUUCGAAAGAACCACAUUUUACCAGAUCUGUUAACAGUCCAAAAUAUGAUAUUCCAGACUUAGAAACACAGAACAAAGUUAUAGAAUUUGUUAUCGAAGAACAGCCGGAACCUGAAGGUGUUCCAAAACAUUCUGCGACAGACGAAACUGUAGAAACAAGUACAGAAUCAAUGGUUGAGGAGGAACCGGACUUUUACAGAUCAUUUGAACCAAGAAAUGAAGUAAAAGCUUUUGUAUUAGAUGACGGGCCAUUAAUUGAACGAGAUCAAUCGAAACCACAAGAGAAAAUAAAGACAGAUGAAGUACCUGUAGCUUCGAAUGAACCAGAUUUUACCAGAUCUAUUAACAGUCCAAAAUAUGAUAUUCCAGAUUUAGAAACACAGAACAAAGUUAUAGAAAUUGUUAUCGAAGAACAGCCGCAACCUAAAGGUGUUCCGAAACAUCCUGCGACAGACGAAACUGUAGAAACAACUACAGAAUCAAUGGUUGAGGAGGAACCCGACUUUUACAGACCAUUUGAACCAAGAAAUGAAUUCGAAGUAAAAGCUUUUGUAUUAGACGACGGGCCAUUAAUUGAACGAGAUCAAUCGAAACGACAAGAGAAAAUAAAGACAGAUAAAGAACUUGUUGGUUUAGAAGAACUAGGUAUUCCAACAUAUCUUGUAACAGAUAAAUUGGUAAAUACCUCUUCCGUUCCAGUUGUUGAAGUAGAACCAGAACCUACUUACUCGGUUUCUCAGCCCAAAAAGAUUAGAGAGUUCGUAUUAGAGGAAGAACCAGAGAAUGAGCGACGACGAGAACUUCCAUUUGAUGAAAAUGUGAAUGUAACUGCUGUGAAAUUAGUUCACGAAAAACCAAAUGAUUCUAAAAGUAAAGAUAAACCACUGGAACAAGGGGUAAAAGUUUCUUCACCAAAAGAACGAGAACAUAUUCGAACUUUAUACCAGAAAACAUAUGAAUUAAAAGAUUUUGUUUUGAUUGAAGAAUCUGAACAGUAUGAAACAGCAGUAAACUCUCCAAAUGAGGAAAAUAUUAAAACGACUGCAGUUUCUUUGGCUGAGCAAGAACCAGUGCCAUUCGAUGUUGACCUUUACCAAAACAUUCGACCGGAAAAGCCGCUCAAAGAUGAGGGCGCACAGAUACAACCCAAUACACUUUUCGUGACAUUAAGAGGGCGAACAGAACCAUAUGAAAUCACUGUCAAUGUUGAUGGAACAUCAGAGUUAAUAGAUGAAUCGUCGCAGGAAGAAACAAUCAUUGAUGAUGAGCCAUCGCGUUUAGAUAUUGAUCAUGCAGAUGGUGAUCAAUCUGGAAAGGUGGGGUCAGGUUUUAUAGACAAUCUACGAAAAAUGCUAUCACAAAGGUAUGAAAGGGAAGAAAAAACUACAGUGAUUAUCGAAGAGGAAUCAACACGCAAGAUUAAAGUUAGUCCACUCGAGUCGAUGGAGCAAAUAGGGACACAUGGCCUUUUGGGCAUCCAAGAACCAGAAAUGGACGAGUAUUCUGUAGAAAAUGUACUAGAUUUGGAAAAUGUGGAGAAUGUUGAUGAAACAACCGAAACAGAUAGAGCAGACAAGAAGAUUACUUUAUCGAUUGCAGCGAACGAAUCAAGAUUUGAAGAAAAGCCAGUAGAAAUAAUCGAAAAUUUGAGAGACGGAAUACCGGCAUCAGACAAGCAUACAGAAGAAAUAGGAAACAAAAACGUUUACAAUUACGAAAGAGAACUUGAAAUAACUAGUAUUAAGACAACGCCUGCAUUAGAUGUUGACAUUGAACAUUUCGAAUCAGAAAAUAAGUCAAAAACAAAGGAAAUAGCACCUCAACCUCCAGAUGAAACAUCGCAAGACACAAUUUCAACUGACAUUGCAAUUGAAAGAGAACCCGAUAAACCAGUGGGAAUAAAUAUUCAACUCAUAGAUGAAUUACCAGAGCCUGUUAAGUCAAAGUAUGACGGAACAGAAGAAAUUAAAGAGCUUGUUGUUGACGAACCUGGACAUUUCAAGACACGAACAAUAAAUACCACAACCAAUACGUUGGCAAGAUCGGAAUAUCGAGAAUCGGAAAUAAUAACUAUGACAACUAGUGAUUUUGUCGAAAACGUACCACGAGAGAUAGGAGAACAACGAUUUGUAACAGAGGUGGAUAUUCCUACAUCCAUUGUUGAAAGUGUAGUUAGUGUAAACAACGAAGGAGAAACUGAAAGAGAAUUAAUCUCCCCUCAUCAAACAACUGGUGGAAUAACAGUUGACCUUGUCGUCCAUGAACGCGAGCUGACGACAAAAACCGAAAAAACAACAAUUGAAAAUGAUUUUCCAUCGCAGUUGGUCAAACAAAGUUCACUUCGCGAAGUUAAUGUGCGGGCAACUGCUGUGGAUAGUACGGACGGAAUAAUGCAAGAAAUAAGUGGUAAAGGCCAUGAAAAUAUCGAAUUUGAAAUAAACAACAAAUCUGAACUGAUGGAUCAGAGACAUGAAAUGGAUAAAAUUCAUGGAGAGACAUCUAUUCAAAAAGAACCAGUAACAAUCUAUCCACUGAACAGACCAAAAGGGAUAACCGUUCAACUUAUAGAUGAUAUACCAGAACCUGCUACACCAAAGUAUGUGGGAACAGCAGUAAUUGAAAAGAUUGUUGUUGACGAACCUGAACAUUACAAGAAACGAACAAUACAUACCACAACCAAUACCUCAGCAAGGUUAGAAUAUUAUGAAUCAGAAAUAACAAAUAUAACAACUACUGACGUUGUGGAAAACAUACCACCAGAGAAUGCAGAGCAACGAUUAGUAAGAGAAUUCGAAGUUGAUGUUCCCACAACCUUUGUAGAUGGUAGGCCAGGCAUGGUAAAUGAAGUAGUUUUGAUGAAUGCUUAUGAAGAUUCCGAAGAUGCAGCAAUUCAUCUUGCGCAAGAUAUACCCAUACCAGGUAACACAGAAUCUUUCAGCAAAACCAUUACACGAGACGAAUUUGAAAAAGUUGACAUAGUCAACAAUGAAGAAAGUGAAAUUAUCACUAUUUCGUCAGGAACAUCAAGUGUUGAUCACGCAGAGGAUAUGACGAACAUCAUACCCAGUUAUCUAACAGAAGUAGAUCAUCCCGCUCUCCUUAGUACGGAAACUGCUAGAGCAAAACAGGAAAUGAAUCAGCUAAAUGAAGAACCAUUCGGGACGAUAAUCAUCGAUUCUGUUGAAAAUGUGGAGAAAAAGGAAGAAAGAAGUGUGGAAAUCAAAACCUUGACUGAGCGUCAUGAGUCAGGACAUGGCUCAGGAACUAUCAGCACGUUAAAACCUUUGGACUUCGGUUAUGACCAGGAACAUAUAUAUGCUCGGGUUAACAAAGAACAACUAAAUAUCCAUGAUCGAACAGAAGAGUCAAUGAAAAAAUCUGGAGAAUCUGUAAUCAUCAAUCAUUAUCCAGGAACUACAACCAUCGCCACUAUUGACAAAAAUUCCUUACGUGAUGAAGAAACUGAAAACAUUGUAACGGAAGUUGAGCAGAAAUUCGUAAGAGAAAUGGAUAAUCAGAAUUUCCUGCAAGAAGAGAUAUCGCGAAGUACCGAUAUAACAAUAGAUGCGUCGCCCAUAGAAAUAAAACAACCAGAUCAAGAGGUUGUCUGGAUGACAGUUCGUCAAAGCAAGAAGUUAUUUGCCGCAGGUGGUAGUGAAAGAGUUAUAACACUUCCCAUUGUGAAUAAAUUGCCUUCUGACAAUCUCUCACCAACAGAUAAUUUAGAUUUCGAUCUAGAAAAUGAUGGAGAAAUGUUUGCUCAACGUCAUAAGCAAGAGGCUUCAGGUGAAUACCACACCAGCACACGUGCCAUGGAACUAGAAAAAAUGGAAGAAAUUCCAGUAACAGAACGAGAACAGCCACUAGAGCAUUCACCAGACUACUCCAUAACUGAUGAAAAUGUAUUGAUGGAAUCAGGGAAAGUUGUUAAAAGAGGAAGCGCGAGAAGCUCCGCCUCAAGUAAGCAUUCUCAGGAUCCAAAUUUGUCUCGUGUGCCUACAGCGGAAAGUGACGUCAUGGGAAGCGAAGAAAUCUCUCGAAGAUCCGUGAGGGAAACUCUUCCAGUGGCUGACGGCACGACAACAGAGAGCAAUGUUUGGUGUACUGUAAAACUGAAACGCUGGGAAAGUGAUAUACGAAGAGUGAAUUUGUCAAAGCAAUCCAGAGGAGAUGCUUCAGAACUUUCUAGCUCUACAGCAAGUAUUGACGGUAGUUAUGAGCGAGAUACCCCGAGAGGACAAAGUCCAAAUUCAGAAUUUUGCAUGAAAUCCGAAAGCACAAAUCCCUGGAUUGAUGUUAGACGAAAACACAACGAAGAUAUGACUGCAUAUGCGUUUGGCAACAAAACAAAGAAAGAUAGCAAGAUCGUCAAAAGGAGUUCUUCACGCAGUACAACAAACCAUGGUGAUGGAGAAUCGAUUGGAUACAGCAUGCAGAUAACAGCAACUGAUGAUGGACCGCUAAUGACCCAAGAAGAUACCUUCAGUACUGUGGAAACCGAAAGCACUCAGAGUACAAAUAUGGGUGAUGUGAAAACUCUUCCAUGGAUAGAAGUACGGAAGCGAAAUUCUAUCAGACAACGUCUAAGCUUUAAAAAGAAAAAGCAUGAUGCCAGCCUGAAAAAUGUUUCACACGCAUCUGAUGGGGAAAAUCGUCUUCUUCUUCUCAAGAUUCCACGUACAAUGUUGCAGGAAAUGGAAAAUAAUGAGAACAUGUUGGACACAGAAGUAGAAAUUCCAUGGAUGGAACUUGACCAGUCAACCGGUAAGCUCAGGGCUUUAAAUCCCUUCACAUUUUGAAAUGUAGUAGAACUUUUAUAUCAUAUUAUAUUGCAUUAUCCAAUGAAAAAUGAUGCGAUUAUUUUUAAAUAGCGUUUACUCUUAUUUCUUUUUCUCCAGUUGACGGAUAUGAAUUGUCACCCUGAGUAGUCACUAUUUUUACCGACAGUGGAGAUAUAAGAUAUAGAAUUCACAUCCUGCUUGGUGUGUACUUUAGAUGCAUGCCCUAAUUAAUCUAACCCAGACGUAUAUAGUGUAAAAACGUUAAUAUUGAACUGGAAAAUAUGAAGGUAACCGAUGUCGUAUAGUGUCGACAUAACUUUACAAUCAGUAAGGUAAGCCUCACAUAUCGAUUUUUUCCACGAGAAACGUCAUAUGUUCGUUUGGGGGGGGGGGGGGGGGGGGGGGGGGUGGCAGCUGUGACGUUUCUCUGUAAACAUCAUGGAAAAAUUCGAUAGUUUUUAUCUUUGCAGAAUAUAAAAAAGAAAACAAUUUGAUACAAACAGCAGUCUAUAUAUUCGUAAUACCAUACCUGUUCUAUAAUACCUAUACAUUUAUAUUAUUACGCCUUCCUUGCAUUGAAAACACUCAAAUUUCAAGAAAAACGCGCUAAAAUUAUCAAUAUUUCAUGCAAAAAAGUUGUUUUGAUAAACGUUGGAAAUUUUGAAGUUCAUAUAUAUAUAUAAAUAAAAAAGAGUAUGUCAGCAGAAGAUGACAUAUUCCUCGCGGAAGCAUCUCCAAUAGCCGACCGAAAAAAAUAGUAGAAAAUUACCUUAUGUGUACUAUAAGAACAAAAUAUCGAUAACUAUGUGUGACGUUUCUAAGGGGGGGGGGGGGUCUCCAGAGAAACGAACAUAUGACGUUUCUCAUGGACAAAAUCGAUAUGUGAGGCUUCCCUAAGAUUGAUUUACACUAUGAUUUACAUAGAGCAAAGAGAAUUUCACACUGGUUACCAUGAUUUGCACACGGUAUCUGCAACCAAAUGAAAAUCAGGCUUUAAUUAAUCGUGUACGUAGUUGUAAUUGAAGCUCAUACAAUAAUUAUCUUUCCAACAGGCGAGAAGCAAGGCUUACUACCAUGGGUGGAGUUGGCUGACCAAAAUCAACAUACCCAGACUGAUCGUAUACUGAUGUUAAAAGUCUCCCGGCAUAUGAUCUUGAAAGCGUCGAAGGAAUCGACGGGUGAAGAAAGUGAAAUUCAACUACCUUGGAACGAAGUGGUGAGAUAUUGGGAAGAAACUGGUCAGAUCACUCCAGGUUCUUUAUCAAGUACAGAGAGACCGGGAUCUGCGAACAUCGCUAUUACCUUCCCACGUGAAUCAAUAAGUGAGAGUCAACUUCUCGAGGAAAACCCCAACCUGCCUAACAUGAGAUUAAUCCUCCCAAAGAAAUGCUGCUUGGAUGGUUCACUGAAAUUCAAACCCAUGAUUACGGUAAAUGAAAAACGGAACAUUAAAGUACGCAUCAAUAAGACAGUGAAGAGGAAACACGAUUGGAACACUCUGCUUCGUUUAAGUAAUUCAGAACGCAGAAAGAAAUAUUCGCAUGCAACUGAACAAGAUGACUGGGUUGUUCUAGCAGAUGGUACAAAAUGGUGGAGACUUCAAGUUGAUGAUAUGGAUGAGUUUAAUAAAUUACAACCGAGAUCAGAUGGACAAAAGUUUGAGAAUUGCUUUGAGAUCAGUAGUGAAGAUACAGACGAGAGAGAAUCAAUUGAUUUCAAUGAAUUUACAAAAGAACUAGGGGCUAAAAAACAAAAGCAAUUCAGCUUUGUAAUAGACCCAAAGAACUUUUUGUCAAGCUCGAUGAGUUUCUAAUAUAACAAUUCAAUAUUAUACAUAUACUGAUAUAGCGAUGCAACAGUAAGCAACCAGAUUCACUUUUCACAAACGCAGACCUUUUACAAUGAUAACUAAAAAUUCGAACGGUCACCCUACAGUAUAUUGCAUGUUUACUAGUACUGCUUACGGUAAAUGAAUAUUACGAUUAAUUAAGUGAUUUCAGACGAAAAGGAAAUUUCAUCUUUCGAUCAAGGUAAAAAAAAUUGAAAUUUUAUAGAUGAAUUGAACCUGUAUCAACUCGCUUGUGGAAUUGUGUGCAACACCAUUCACUGGAAGGGAUAACUGUAGUUGAAAAUGAUGAUUGUGAUUGCUUACGAAUUAUAAACUGCCGUAACGAAAAUACCUACAUUAUUUUUAUAGUUCUAGUGAGUACGUAUAUAGUGUUCACAUAUAUAUGAAUAAGUACGCAUUGAUAUAAUAAAAUAUCAAAUUAAUAAUCUUAAUUAAUAUUAUUCUUAUCUAUUUCAGUCUGAAUAUUUUGCAAUGGUAUAUUCAACAUAUAACGUUAGUAAUCGCAUGGCCCCUUGCGAAGCAGAUCGUAAUUAUACUGGUUCCUGUAUUCUGUAAUACUUCGCUAUGUAAGUUUAUUGUAAGGUUUAUACACACCACAGAUGCCAAUGACAGUGCUACAAUCGUACAUAAUGUACCUUGAAUUAAUAUAUAAUAAGAGUAAAUGGGUAAAUAGCAUGCCAGUGGCGGUAUUAACAGUAUUGGUUGUAUUAAAAUCAUUUUCAUUAUAAAAUAUAUGCAUUAUACGUUUUCACUGAUUAUUUAUAUAGUAGUUUAAGUUUAUAACAAUCCAUAUUUCAAAGCUUAUACCAUGGAUUGUAAAAAACAAUGUUAUUUUACAAUCCAUGCUUAUACUAUAGCCUACGUUUCUGAGAAUGUCAUGAGGAGCGAUGCAUGGUGAAUUCUACUGUAUUUAGUCUGAACCUCUCAUUGCAAAUUGGCUCUCAAUCGAACGGCACUACUAGUAGUAGUCUGUCAUUGCUUUUGUAUGUUUCACUCCUGGCGAAAAUAGAUGGUUUCACAAAAUUACAUGACAUUGCAUAACAUGCUUUCGUUGGUAGGGAUGCAACUACCUGAAAAAUAUAAGGAGAAUUUCGACGUUUCAAGGCCUUCCGUCUGUUGUUACUAUAGCCAAUUAUGAGUUACGUUCCUACACAAGAAUUUUAAACCAUGCAACUCAUUUUUUUCCAAUAAACUUUACUUAAUAAUUGAAACUCUUAUAUUUAACAUUGAAGAGAAGUGUACCCAUUAUUCUUCUCUUUAGAAAUCGGUCAUUCCAAAAAGCAAUAUGCCAAUAAACAUUAACUAGCCUUGCUUCGACAGGUGUAGACUAAAUGGAAAUUAACAAAAAAAUGCCAGAAAAUUCCAACUUGUAAAAUUUAGUUAUGAACUUAUGAUAUCCUUUUCCACCAUAUUAUAAGCCAAUUAAAUACUGGACAUUCACAAACAUACUGUACAACUUAGAACAGGUUUAGCUAGCUCUUAAACAACUUGAAUACUGUGAAUAUUGAGUUCAACUACAGUAUUUGCAAACAAUUGCAGUGUAUAUAUAACAGCAAGUAUUCCACAUUAUUUUUAUCUAUUUUACUUAUCAGUACACCACAGUUCAUUCACCGAGUCUGACAAAAGUCCUUUAGGAAUGUGGUAUUCAAUAAAAGCAUUACUCUUAGUGAAUUCUGUGCACUCGCCAUCAAACAACGCUUCGUAUGAAGAUUCAAACCAUUCUGAGACAUCUGUUUCAUUUUUACCAAUUGGUUUUUCAAGAAGCUCAACCAAACUUUUGAUCUCAGGAUAAUAAUGAUGCCUUAGUGUCUCUAGUUCCCACAAUGAACUUUGCAAUGCUUCACACUGGCUUGGAUCUGGUUCAUCUUCUUUAAAAGGAUCAGGUGAAGUUUCGUUUUGGUCUGCCAAAUCUUCUCCAGUCAUUUGGACAUUCU